AUGGAAGCUUUGCAAGAGUCAAUUCUCAAGCUACAACAGAUGUUCACUGAGAAAAUGGAUGAAUACCAGAGUGAGCUUCAAGCUGCAUGCCCAUCACCCAACAUCAACAGUUUAAAGAGUGAUUUUUCUGCUUUCCGCUCCUUCAUUUUUACUGCUAUUCAAGCACUUCAGCAACAAGUUGGUCUCCUUGCACAGCAAGUUGAUAAUAUAGAAAUGCGAAGCAGGCGAAAGAUGCUGUUGUGUCACGGACUGCCUGAGCUGAAAGGCGAGGAUACCUCAGCUGUGAUAAAGAGUAUCAUUGUUGACCAGUUAAAAGUCGCCGAUUUCUCUGUCGAAAGCAUCAGCAAAUGUCAUCGUAUGGGGCGUGUGUCUGGCGAUGGUAAGCCUAGGCCCAUACUCAUCAAACUACGUGAUAUCAAUAUGCGGGACAAAAUUUGGUUUGCUAAGACCGCACUCAAAAAGUCAGGGAUUACGAUAUCCGAAUUUUUGACAAAGUCGCGGCAUGUUGUUUUUAUGGCAGCUCGGGACGCAUUUGGCGUCAACAAAUGCUUUACACAACAGGGACUUAUUAUGGUGAUCGGUGCAAACGGGAAGCGUGUGCGCAUUACUACCAUGGAUGACUUGAAGAAGAUCUCUGUGACAGCGGAUUCACCAUUGAAAGUUACCAAGGAGCCCACGGUCACGCUUCCAGUAAAGCCUGUAUUUACAACGAAGAGUAGACGUGCUGGUAUCGCAAACAAAAAGUGA